AUGCUGAAGUUAUUGUUGAUUAUUUCGUUGGCAAAUUUGAAUUCAGCGCAAUUGAUCAGAGACACAAGAUGCUUUCUGGAGAACGGUGCAACAUCCUCGCAUCUCUUUGUCGGCGAGGACAAAAAAGUCGGCGAUACCAUUGGUGUUUUAGGGGUCCUUGGGGAUCCAAGUAUCGAUGGAGAUAUAGAAUUACGUCUUCAAGAGCAUGAUAGUCCAGUUACUAUAUUACCUCAUUCGCGAAAUUUAACGCUUAUUAGACCACUUGAUAAGGAGGGCAUCGAUGGUCCCGCCAGUGUAUACAUUAACAUUAUAUGCGAGAGACGACACACGCUAGAUCCCGGCUUUAUGAUACCUGUAAAUAUACGAGUAACCGACGCCAACGAUAACGCGCCCCAGUUCGUCAAUGCACCCUACAUUCUCAACAUAUCCGAGGUCACGGUGGUGGGGACCAGGGUGCUCCAGGGAGUCAGAGCCAUCGAUGCCGAUCAACCGGGACCGUACUCCACUGUGCAAUAUGCCGUUCUUCCUGGCUCGCAUUCUGAUUAUUUCGUGUUUAUUAAUGCUUUGGAGGGAACCCUGGUGCUGCGAAAGCCUCUGGAUUACGAAACACUGAAUAAUUUUUCCGUUAAUAUUCGCGCUCAGGAUCAAGGAAAUCCUCCGCAGUCAUCCAUUACGACACUCUCGGUGAAUGUAAUCGACGCGGAUGAUCAAAAUCCGGCAUUUCUGCACGACCAGUACAGCAUCGUCGUCCCGGAAACAGUUAGAAAUAGAAAGGUGUUGGCGGUUUCUCCGGCACCUAUUGAAGCUCGUGACCAAGACACUGGAAUCAAUGCCCCGAUUAAGUACACUAUUCAGGGUGGGAUUCUUCCUUUCUUGAGUCUCAAUUCACAGACUGGUGAAAUUUCUCUCACACGUCCAUUGAUGGACCAUGAAUUAUCAACACCUGUUACCAUGGUUCUUAAGGCAACGCAAAUUGACAAUCCCGAUCGAUACAGUCUCGCAACUGUUAUGGUGAGUCGGGAGAAUGGACGUGAGGCAUCGACUAAAGCAGGUGGAAAUUUGCCAGUGAAAUUCGUGUUAAAAAACUUUCUCACGAGUGUCUCAGAGAACACUCCUCCCGGUAGUAUAAUCCUCACAACGGGGGUGAAUAAAAUCGACACAAAGCUGCGAUUCUGGCUCGACGGUGUCACUGACGAAAUGGAGAGGUUUUCCAUCACACAUUCCGGGGAAUUGCUGCUCAAAGAGCCGUUGGAUUACGAGAAGAAAAUUCUCCACAGCUUCCUUGUACACGUCUCUGACGGAAUAAAUAAUGACACAGCCCGUGUAAACGUCUCAGUGCAAGACGUAAACGAAUGGGAGCCCCGAUUUCGUCACCCGCGCUACGAAUUUCAUGCUCGAACUCUUCGAGUGGGCUCUAUCGUGGGUCGUUUGGAGGCAGCGGACGGCGACCGAGGAGACCGGGUUUCACUGUCCCUUCGAGGACCGGACGCUAGAUUAUUCGAAAUCCGAGACAAUGGAGAACUGAUCUUAACAUCCUCAGGCCCAUUCAACGGUUCCCUGGCUAGGCUCGUUGCGGUUGCCUCAGACACGGGGAAGCCACCACGAACGAGCAUGAUCCCCCUCAUUGUUCACAUACCACCAAACGCUAGAUCACCCGUUGCGGCUAGAGCUGCUCCUGCCUGGCUCAAUGGGAGCAUUCUACUUGUUGCUGUUUUUGGAGUCGUUUUGGGACUCUUGGGAGUUGUUAUUUUAAUUCUCAUACUUUAUAUCUAUAAACAAAAGCGUCCAAAAAAUUCAGGCUCAGUGAAUUCCAUCGGCACGGGCUACCGCGGGAAAUCCCCAGUUCCCUCUGCCCUGAGUUCGAGCCCCCAGAUCCUCGGAGCAACUGCGAUUCACGAGGAAACCUCAAAAAGCACGAGACGACCGCGAGGAACGAAGAAUCCAGUUUUCGGGGAGGACAACGAGAACCCGUACAACGCCGGAAGUAUUCAAGACUCCAACCGUCAACCGCCGACUUACGGCCGUCACAAAGUCGCUCCGAUGCCGAUUACCCCCUCGUUAUCUGCAACGUCAAAUAUUCCGAAUAUCGGAGGACUCGUGCAGAAUAUGAAUGACCUGAGUGCGAGGAUGAACCUAGAUACAGUUUCACAGAAUUCAUCGAAUUUCUCGGGGGAUCCACCUGAUUCUCUGAUCCCUGCUUGGCCUGCCGACGACUCCAGACAUGUUAAAAAAUUGUCUUGGAAUGAUGACAGUAGAACAGGUGACAGUGUCGAUGCAAUGGGCUCAGAGCAGCGAGCCGAAAACACUCACCCAGGGCCGGACAAACUCAACCUUACCGUCUAUUUCUAACAUAAAAAUUAAACUCAACCCCGAUUAUUACUUUCAUAUUUUAUUUAUAGAAGUGAAAAGAAUAGCCAUACAUUUUUAAGAAAUUCAAGAAAAUGAAAUUGUUUUUUUAAUACAAACAAAAGUCCUUAGUUGUUCAUAAACCAUGUGCUUCACGAAUCGACUUUGGUACGCACUUACAUCAGAAUUACGUUUACAUUAAGCUGUUGAAAUAACUGAAAUGGUAGAAUGAAAAGUCCGGUUUUUACUCGAGAUUGAUGACCAACAGAU